UGGCGCCUACAGGGUUAAAAACCAGGGCGACCAGACUAGGAAGAACUCGGUUUCCAGGGUAACGGCUCCGACAGUUCCGGCAGCGCAGGCUCGUACCAUUGCGCGGGCGCGCGCGGGGGGAGCGCGGCGGGAGGGGACGCGCGAAGGAGCAGUCGGGCAGAGGGGUCCGGCCCGGACUCUACCAAACGCGCCGCCCGCCUGCUCGCCCCGGGCCCGGCGCCGAGCCGCGCUCCGGCCGCGCGGGCCGCGGCGUCCUCCGUGCCCGGGCCCGCAGCUCCCAACUGGCCGCGGACGGCGGGGGGUGGGGGUGAAGGAACGUGCGCCCGGUGGCCCGGAUUGGCCUCCAGGUCCCCCCGCCUGGGCGGCGGAGUGCGGGCGGCCCGGGCUGGGAGGUUUGAAAAGCGGGCGAGAGACAAAGGCAGCAGGAAGCCUUCUCGGCGCCCGGAGCCCGUGCUCGCAGCCCCCGGGGGCCCCCGGCCGGCCCGCCGGCCCGGAGCAGCUGCGUCGGCGGCCGGCGGCGGCAGUGGCAGGAGGCAGAGGAUGCGGCAGGGGGCGUGGGAGCGGCGGCGGAGCGGGCGGAGCGGCGCGGCCCGAGCGCGGCGUGGUUAGACCCGAGGCGGCGGAGGCGGCGGAGGCGGCGGCCCGGCCGGGCUCGGGAGUGAGUGAGAGGGCGCCUUCCCCGCCCGGGAUGUGAGGACCGAGCGGAGCCCGGGGCGGGGGGAGGGAAGGGAAGGGAGGAGAAGCCGGCAGGAAGGAAGGAAGGACGGACGGACCAGGAGGAGGAGCGGCGGCGGCGGCCGGAGCCGGAAGGCGGGGAGGGGCCGUCCGUUGGGCCCGAGGCGGCGGCGGCAGCGGCCGGGGCGAACCGCUCUUGUCGCCUUUCGGGACAGGGGCGGCGGGGCCCGCGCCUCCUCCCCCCGGCGCCGCGGAGGGGGGAGGAGGAAGAUGGAGACCCACAUCUCGUGCUUGUUCCCCGAGCUGCUGGCCAUGAUCUUCGGCUACCUGGACGUCCGGGAUAAGGGGCGCGCGGCGCAGGUGUGCACGGCCUGGCGGGACGCCGCCUACCACAAGUCGGUGUGGCGGGGGGUGGAGGCCAAGCUGCACCUGCGCCGGGCCAACCCGUCGCUGUUCCCCAGCCUGCAGGCCCGGGGUAUCCGCCGUGUGCAGAUCCUGAGCCUCCGCCGCAGCCUCAGCUACGUGAUCCAGGGCAUGGCCAACAUCGAGAGCCUCAACCUAAGCGGCUGCUACAACCUCACUGACAACGGGCUGGGCCACGCGUUUGUGCAGGAGAUCGGCUCCCUGCGUGCCCUCAACCUGAGCCUCUGCAAGCAGAUCACCGACAGCAGCCUGGGCCGCAUAGCCCAGUACCUCAAGGGCCUGGAGGUGCUGGAGCUGGGGGGUUGCAGCAACAUCACCAACACCGGCCUCCUGCUCAUCGCCUGGGGCCUGCAGCGCCUCAAGAGCCUUAAUCUCCGCAGCUGCCGCCACCUCUCGGACGUGGGCAUCGGGCACCUGGCCGGCAUGACGCGCAGCGCGGCCGAGGGCUGCCUGGGCCUGGAGCAGCUCACGCUGCAGGACUGCCAGAAGCUCACUGACCUUUCUCUAAAGCACAUCUCCCGGGGGCUGACGGGCCUGAGGCUCCUCAACCUCAGCUUCUGCGGGGGCAUCUCGGACGCGGGCCUCCUGCACCUGUCGCACAUGGGCAGCCUACGCAGCCUUAACCUGCGCUCCUGCGAUAACAUCAGUGACACGGGCAUCAUGCACCUGGCCAUGGGCAGCCUGCGCCUCUCAGGGCUGGAUGUGUCGUUCUGUGACAAGGUGGGGGACCAGAGUCUGGCUUACAUAGCCCAGGGCCUGGACGGCCUCAAGUCCCUGUCCCUCUGCUCCUGCCACAUCAGCGAUGAUGGCAUCAACCGCAUGGUGCGGCAGAUGCACGGGCUGCGCACGCUCAACAUCGGACAGUGUGUGCGCAUCACAGACAAGGGCCUGGAGCUGAUCGCUGAGCACCUGAGCCAGCUCACGGGCAUAGACCUGUACGGCUGUACCCGAAUCACCAAGCGCGGCCUGGAGCGCAUCACGCAGCUGCCCUGCCUCAAGGUACUCAACCUGGGACUCUGGCAGAUGACGGACAGUGAGAAGGUCAGGGAUUGCUCUGACUUUGCCGGGUGGAGUUGCCUGUACCAACCCAGAACAUUCGGUACCAUGUAAAGUCAAGUCUUCCAGUUAAGGUGCCAGAGAAAGUAAGCUUGAGAUCUUAACUGUGCAGCCCUAGCGGGCUAUCCUAAGCAGCCCCGCAAAUAAAACAAAAUAGAAGUGGAAUU